AUGCCGGGCUCAACUGUCGAAAAGGAAUACCAGCGCCGGAUUGCUGCGAUCAAUGCGGUAAUUGCAUUCUGUAAUGUAGAGGAGGGGUCUGGACGACCAAAUAUUGCACAGAAAAGGAAAUGCAGCGCUAUGGCUGAUUUACCGUCUGCUCCUCCUGCGAAAAGGCAAGAACGCACCUCAACAGAUGAAUGCAAGACUGCUCUUUGUCAAGCAGUUGCGUCCGUCUGCAUUUCAACUCCAAAUGAGAGGCCGAAGAUCUGCUUCCUAUGCCUUGGGAACCCCCGACUUCCUGAACAUGAGCGAUUGAAGACAUACAGCACCCCUGGCUCUCUCAGCCUCCACUUUGUUGACUGGCACGUCAAGCCAUACCCGAAAGAAAUGCGUGUUAAAUGCGGUGUCUGCAAUAAAGAGUUAGAGCAUAAGGCGCACCUGAUGAAUCAUGCUGAGACAGCGCAUGGAAUUGUCUCACGUUUGCCAUUGUCCGCUCUUGGCCCAAUUUAG